ACUGCCGACCCAUUUCCAAUCGGUGGGUUUAUGCUCUGAAGACUCAUCCCGACGGUACCAUCGAACGCCAAAAAUCACGGCUGGUUGCUCGUGGCUUCGAACAAAUUCCAGGGCGUGACUUUACUCAGACUUUCAGCCCGGUCCUUAAGCCAGCCACUUUACGUCUGAUUCUUGGUAUCGCCGUCUCUCAAUCUUGGCCUAUGCGUCAGCUUGAUAUCUCAAAUGCUUUUCUUCAUGGAAGUCUUCCCGACGAGGUUUAUAUGCUACAGCCACGAGGUUUUGUUGAUCCUGAAAGACCCCAUCAUGUUUGCCGCCUCAGAAAAUCAAUUUAUGGACUGCGUCAAGCACCUCGGGUUUGGUUUCAUUGUCUUUCGGCGGCUCUGUUUGAUUUUGGUUUUAUUGCAUCUAAAACUGAUCCGUCUCUGUUCAUUUACAAGACUAGCAUUGUUACUCUCUACACACUGGUAUAUGUCGACGAUAUGGUCCUUACAGGCUCUGAUUCGGCUCUGCUUGACCGGCUUCUACGCCAUCUACAAUCUCGCUUUACCUUGCGAGAUCUUGGCUGCCUAUCUUACUUCCUUGGCCUCGAGGUGCAUCAUCAUGCUCAUGGUUUAUUGCUCAACUAACGCAAAUAUGUUAUGGACCUCCUCAAACGUGCUGGUCUUUAUCGCAGCAUAGUCGGUGGUCUUCAAUACCUGAGUUUUACUCGACCGGAUGUCUCUUUUGCUGUCAACCAUGUGUCUCAAUUUCAGCAUGCUCCUACUGACGUACAUUGGUCGGCCGUCAAACGCAUAUUACGCUACUUACAAGGUACUCUCACACACGGAUUGAGUUUCUCACGCUCUAGCUCCCCUCAAUUACACGGCUACUCUGAUGCUUCCUUUGCUUCUUCACCACGGGAUCAGAAGUCCAUCACUGGUUUUGCCGUGUUCUACGGCACCAACUUGAUCUCCUGGUUCACUCGUAAACAGAAGGCUGUCUCUCGCUCCUCAACGGAAUGUGAAUAUCGUGCUCUUGCGACCCUAGCCUCUGAGGUUAUUUGGCUCCAGGCUUUGCUGUCCGAACUCGGCCAGCACUUAUCUGCUCCCCCUGUGUUAUGGUGUGAUAAUCUUGGAGCUACAUAUUUAGCUCACAAUCCCGUCUUCCAUAGUCGUUCAAAGCACAUGGAAAUCGAGUUCCAUUUUGUCCGUGAUCGCGUGUUCAAAGGUCAACUACAAGUUCGUUACAUUCCCGCUACUGAUCAGCUCGCAGACGUGCUUGCCAAGCCUCUCACUCGCAUUCCAUUUCGGCAAUACUGUUCCAAGUUCCACCUCUCCGAGUCUCCACUUGCGGGGGCGUGAUAAGGCAUCAGCCCAAGCCCACGAUGACAUCUUCAACGGCUUCAGCAAACGGCCACCUCUCUCUGUUCCUUUCCUUCAGCAUGCUGUUACGUUUCCGUUCAACCACUUCCUGAAUUGUAGUUUAGUUGCUGUACGUGCUGCUGUG